GAGGGGCGAGGGGCGGUAGGAAGGGUUGGAGGCGAGGCGGAGGUCAGCGUCGGCCGUGGGCGAGUGUUCGCUGGCCGGGCUCGUCCUUUGCCCGCCAUGAGCAACAUCUACAUCCAGGAGCCGCCCACCAACGGGAAGGUUUUGCUGAGAACUACAGCAGGAGAGAUAGAUAUAGAAUUAUGGUCAAAAGAAGCACCAAAAGCAUGCAGAAAUUUCAUCCAGCUUUGUAUGGAAGAGUAUUACAAUAAUACAGUAUUUCACAGAGUAGUGCCUGGCUUUAUUGUGCAAGGGGGUGAUCCCACUGGUACUGGAUCAGGAGGAGAGUCAGUCUAUGGAGCUCCUUUCAAGGAUGAGUUCCACUCACGAUUGCGAUUUAAUCGAAGAGGACUUGUUGCUAUGGCAAAUGCUGGGCCCCAUGAUAACGGGAGUCAAUUUUUCUUUACAUUGGGUCGUGCAGAUGAACUUAACAACAAGCACACAAUCUUUGGAAAGGUUACAGGGGAUACAAUAUAUAACAUGUUGCGCCUGGCUGAAGUAGAAGUUGACAAGGAAGAGAGACCUCUCAGUCCGCACAAAAUAAGAAGUAGUGAGGUUUUGUUUAAUCCUUUUGAUGACAUUGUCCCAAGACCAAAUAGAAGACUGAAGAAGGACAAACCAGAAGAAGAAACUAAAAAGUCCAAAGUAAAAGGCACAAAAAACUUCAACCUACUUUCCUUUGGGGAAGAAGCUGAAGAAGAAGAGGAAGAAGUCAGUAGAGUUAGUCAGAGCAUGAAGGGAAAAAGUAAAAGUAGUCAUGAUCUGCUGAAGGAUGAUCCACAUCUAAGCUCAGUUCCUGCUGUCAAAAGUGAAGGAGCAAAUGAAGAAAAGGAUUUGAGUGAGGACGAAGAAGAACAUGAUGAAGAUGCUGAUAGUGUAGAAGAUGAAGCGGCUAGUAAUGACAGAUCUCAAAUAAAGGAACGCAUUGCCAAGAAAUUGAAAAUUGAUACAAGUGAAAAUGCUAAACAGCAACUUCAAGAGGAAGAAACUAAAUCAGAAAGGAAAACAACUAGUCGCAGUGAAGAGCUACGGAAGGAAGCACGACAGCUGAAACGCGAACUGCUGGAAGCAAAGCAGAAAAAAGAAGAAAGAGCUUUAAGACCCAAAGAAAAAGAAGAGGAGGAACCUGCUCCAAACAGUGUUGUUGAGGAGUACCUUCAGGAGAAGAGAAAAUAUGAAGACAAGCGAAAGCAACAGCCAAAGAAAGGAGCUUCCCGUGAAGAUCAGACACUGGCAUUGUUGGACCGAUUUAAAUCGAAGUUAACCCAGGCAAUUGAAGAAACUCCUGAAAAUGAGCUUUCAGAACCUGACGUAGAUAAUGAUGAAGGAUGGAUGUCACAUGUGCUUCAGUUUGAAGACAGAAGCAGAAAGGUGAAAGAUGCAAGCAUGCAGGAUGAAGACACUUUUGAGAUCUAUGAUCCACGGAAUCCUGUAACUAAGAGGAGAAGAGAAGAAAGCAAGAAGAUAAUGAGAGAAAAAAAGGAAAGGAGAUAAAAGGAGUGUAAAGCUAGCCAGAGCUGCCUUGGAAAGUGACUGCAAUAAAGCACUGGCUCUUUUGUAAGCUGAUCCUAAAAAUACCACUGGACAAGUGUGAAAAAGAAUCUCUCAAGAACCUGUCAUGCAGUUUUGAAGCAGAGCUAUCAUUGUUUCUUAAGUUGUGCGGUCAAGUGCUCUCACUGCAUUCAUUAUCCAACCUCUCUAAAGGUUUUUAGAAUUACGUAUUUAAUAAAACAGCUGACUUGA